UGCGCGCCGCGGCGCUUCCGUGGCGGCCCGAGGGCGAGCGGAGGCGGGAGUCGGGCCCAGCCGCGCCGAGCCGAGCCGCGCCGCCGCACGCACCGCGCCAUGGCCAGCUCCCCCGUGUCUCGCGUCGUUUACAACGGCAAGCGGAGCGGCGGCCCGCGCUCCCCCGGCGCCGGCAGCGAGAUCUUCACGCCGGCCCACGAGGAGAACGUGCGCUUCAUCUACGAGGCCUGGCAGUGCGUUGAGCGCGACCUGCGCAGCCAGAUGGGCUCCGAGCGCGGCCUGGUCGAGGAGUACGUGGAGAAGAUGCCGAACCCCAGCCUGAAAGCGUUUAAACCCGUCGAUCUGAGCGACCUGAAGCGGAGGAACACACAAGACGCAAAGAAGUCGUAAGACUUCAGUGCUGACAAUAACCAUCAGAGUUUUCUGUGCCUCUUCAGGCCUGGCCGAGCCCUAAGGACAAGGAUCGCAAGGAGCAGAAGCCACCUCAAUUAUUGAUUUAUUCAUUUUCCAGAAGGGAUCUUGCCCUUGCACUUGCUCUGGGCUCUUAAUUUCACUGCAGGCAUGUACAGCCUGGCACCGUGUGCUGGUAGCACAAUGCCCUUGGGCUCUGGCAGCCCUCCUGCGAGCCAGCAUCCUGGGAUCUGUUGCUGGACCAAAGAUUGAAAUGUUCAGACUAUUAAUACACUCGUAUCCUUUUCCCUCUCCUGCA